UACAUGGAAAGGGAAAAUGCAACAUUGCUGACAGAGUUUAUUCUCACAGGACUUAUAUAUAAACCAGAGUUGCAAAUCCCCUUGUUCCUGGUGUUCUUUGUGAUAUAUCUCAUCACCAUGGUGGGAAACCUUGGUUUAAUUGCUCUCGUCUGCAACGACUCUCAUCUUCAUACUCCCAUGUACAUACUCCUUGGGAAUUUAGCCCUCUUGGAUGCUUGGAUAUCAUCUACAGUCACCCCCAAGAUGCUGGUCAACUUCCUAAUCAAGAGUAAAAAGGUAUCUCUCUAUGAAUGCAUGAUACAAUUUUUCUCCUUUGCAUUCAGUGCAAGCACAGAAUGUUUUCUGCUGGCAACAAUGGCAUAUGAUCGCUACGUAGCCAUAUGCAAACCAUUACUUUACCCAGUCAUUAUGACCAAUAGACUAUGCACCUGGCUGUUAUUCUCCUCAUUUGUAGGUGGUGUGCUACAUGCUUCUAUUCAUAUGGGUGUUUUCUUUAGAUUAAACUUCUGUAAUUCUAAUGUAAUACAUCACUUUUACUGUGACAUCAUGCCAUUGUUUAAGAUUUCUUGUAUCGACCCUUCCCUUAAUGUUCUGAUGGUUUUUAUUUUCUCUGGGUCAAUACAGGUGUUCACCAUACUGACUGUUCUUGUCUCUUAUACACUUGUUCUCUUUACAAUCUUAAAAAAGAAGUCUGUACAAGGCAUGAGGAAAGCCUUCUCCACCUGUGGAGCCCACCUCCUAUCUGUGUCCUUAUUUUUUGGUUCUCUUCUCUUCAUGUAUGUGCGCCCUGGGUCUGCUCAAGCCGAUGACCAAGACAUGAUGGACUCUCUGUUUUACACUGUUAUCAUUCCUUUGCUAAAUCCCAUAAUCUAUAGUCUGAGAAAUAAGAAAGUCCUAAACUCACUGGCAAAAAUGUUAAAGAGAAAUGUUUAG